AUGACACAGAUAAAUACUAGUAAUAGUUUUAGAAAUCCUUCAAUCGCUUAUUACUAUGCAAAUAUUGCUGGUAAUAAUGCAGUAACAAUAGGUGUUUCAAUGAUUCUAGCUGAAGCUUUUACUGAAGACCAGUUAAUGCAAUUAAUACAGCUCAAAAAUGAAUAUUCUACAAUAAUAAGUGAAAAGUGCAAUUUAGUAUAUAGAUUAUUGGCUCAAAAAAAUGAACCUAUAGGAGAAUUUUACUCAAAACUUUUAAAAUAUGGGAAAAUGCUUAAUCUCGAUGAGCAACAAAUUAAGGCUAACCUUUUUGAAAUUUUGGAGCAAAUUGAAAUGCGAAGAGCAGAGAAAAAAUUAGGAUUGGUUAGUAAACUACCCCAGUCUAGUUAUAAAUUGGCAUCUAAAUUAAUAACACCUACACAAUCUCAAUCUGUUUCUUCACAAUUAGUUUUUUAA